AUGGCCUUCAAUUGCCCUUACACCUCUCCUUCAUUGGCCAAUAUCCCUGUCUCUUCAGCUCGGCAACCCGUCGACCUGGUGACUUACCGUCACGAAGACGAGUUGGUAUACGUUACCCCUGCGUUGAAUUACGAAGCGUACAGCAAGCGGUGGACUUUGCAAAAUCUGCAUAUCCACGAUGCCUAG